AUAGUAAUAAUCUUACAUGGAAAAGAAAAAUUCAAAUUGCUGAUGAUAUAAUUUUUGCACUUUCCAAUAUUCAUGAAGAGAAAUUAAUUCAUAGGGAUCUGCAUUCUGGAAAUAUAUUAUUUGAUGAAAAUAGUCAAAUAUUUUAUAUAUGUGACCUUGGAUUCUGUGGACCGGCUGAUGUACCAUUAAAUGGUAUAUAUGGAAAUCUUCCAUAUAUAGCACCAGAAAUUAUUGCUGGAAAAGGAACUACCCCUGCAUCUGACAUUUAUAGUAUCGGUAUGCUUAUGUGGGAAAUCUCAUCCGGACAACCACCUUUUAUUAAUUCUGAUAAUGAUUUCGAUCUUGCAUUAAAAAUAAUAAAUGGAAUGAGACCAAAAAUAAUACCAGGAACUCCUUUAAAAUAUAAAAAAUUAAUGGAACAAUGUUGGGAUGCUGAUUCAACAAAAAGACCUAAUAUUUUCCAUCUUGAUAAUGAAAUUUUUGAAAUCAACAAAUUGUGUUAUCAAAAUAAUAAUGAUGAACAGUUAGAUUGUUUAAAUAUGAAUAUUAGUCUCAAUUCAGUGAAUUCAUUAAUCAGUAGUUUUAGUAAAAUACACAUUUUUGGAGAAAUGCCAGAACCAAGGAAUUUUACUGAAGGUAAAUUAUUUCAUAUUAUAUUUCAUUAUUAAUUCUUUUAUAAUUAAUAAUAUUAAAAU